UGUGUUACAGUUUGUUGUUGAAAAUUCAGUAUCAAUCUUGAAGUGAACUUAACGGGUUGUGUGCCAAACAUUUUAUCACAACGCGAAUUAUUUUUAUAUAAAAUGUGAAAUACGUUGACUUUUAUUCAAAAUAAGGAAAAGAUAUUCGUAGUCAGUUGUUAGUAGUUUUGAUAUCAGUGUUAUAAGAUAGAACUUUGGUUUCAAUUUUCAAUAAAAGCAAUAGGUGCAUUUUUUUCGUAAAACAAUUUGUUUGUUUUUCAAACUUCGAGAGUUUUUUAAUGGCUGUGAAGAUUUAUUGAUAAAAGAAGAAAAUAUAUUUAAAACAAAUUAAAUUGAAUAUUAGUUGAAAUAUAAUUAAUUGGAGACCAGUUAAAUAAUUGUCGUAUGCCGAAGACUUAGUGACAUAAAAUUAAAAAAAAAGUUGAUGAUACAGUGAAACCGAUCAAGUUCAAAUUCAAAUUAUUCGAAUCAAUUUACCGUUUGUGAUAUUUUUGUUUUAAUUUUUGCUGAAGUUAUCACAUUCUUUAACUCGCCGAUAAAUAUUUAAAUAUUUAUAUAGAAAUUUAACCUAAAAACGUUGCUUUUAAAACAUGGGCAAAAUGAAUCUCAGAUUACAGCAUAUAGCAUCACAAGUUAUUGUAGCAGCUAUUCUAAUAGCUGUGAUAGCUGCAAAUGAUUAUAGGGAAGAUUUGCGAGAAGAAUUCCCUGGAGAUUAUUGCAAACGUCAUAAUAUUUGCUGUAAUAACCGACAAGAUAAUUGUUCAGUUCAAAUUUCAAACACCCUGUGUUACUGUGAUCAAUUUUGUAAUUGGAAUCCCGGCGAUUGUUGUCCCGAUUACAAACCGUUUUGUCUAAACGAACCAAUUGCCCAUCCACUAAAAGCAUGUAUUUAUAAUAAUCGAAAUAUGAAACCGCUGUCAACUGUCAUGGAUAAUUGUAAUGUUUGCAAAUGUCAACAAGAUGGUCGUGUUGUUUGUAGUCAAGAUCUGUGUUUGACAGAUGAAGAUCUCAUUUAUAAUGUUAAUUCGAUCUCAGAUCUCGGUUGGUCAGCGAGAAAAUAUGAAGAAUUUUGGGGUAGAAAAUACAAGGAAGGAUUGAAAUUGCGUUUAGGUACAUUGGAACCGUCAGUCCGAGUUAAGGCCAUGUCUAGACUAUCAAGUCCACACUUGAGUUUACCAAGAUCCUUUAAUUCCGUUGACAAGUGGGUAAAUUAUGUUACUGAAGUACCAGAUCAAGGUUGGUGCGGUUCUUCAUGGGCUAUUUCAACCACUUCCGUUGCAUCUGAUCGUUAUGCAAUUCAAUCUCAGGGUAGGGAAGUUGUUAAUCUUUCGCCACAAAACAUUUUAUCCUGUGCAACAAGACAACCCGGUUGUAAUGGAGGACAUUUGGAUGCUGCCUGGAUGUACUUGCACAAAAGAGGUGUCGUUGAAGAAAACUGCUAUCCUUACAUUGCCAAUAAAACUGAAUGCAAAUUCAAACAUACCCGAAAUCUAAGAAAAGCCCGUUGUCCCCCAGCAUCAAAUCCAGAACGUGAAGAAUUCUAUACAGUCGGACCGGCUUAUGCGAUAAAUAACGAAACUGACAUUAUGGUUGAAAUUAUGAAUUCCGGCCCAGUUCAGGCCACAAUGUAUGUUUACAGAGAUUUCUUCUCAUAUUCGGGUGGUAUCUAUAGGAAGUCUGGAGCAACUCGAGGUGGUGAACGAGGUUUCCAUUCGGUGAAACUUGUUGGUUGGGGUGAAGAACGAUAUGGUGAUAAAUAUUGGAUUGCUGCCAAUUCAUGGGGCAGAUGGUGGGGUGAACAUGGCUACUUCCGCAUCCUUCGUGGCAGUAACGAAUGCGGUAUUGAGGAAUAUGUUUUGGCUUCAUGGCCAAAUGUAUACAACAGUUAUCGAGUGAAAUCAGCCAAUCCUAAGUUUCGUGGCUAAAUGACACAAAUCACACACCUCCUUGAAGGUCUCUUAAUUUUAAAGUUAGGUAUGAUUUAAAAAACAACUAAGAAAAUCAUAAACAUACUUAAGUGAUUUUUAAUACGUACGUACAUAUGAACUAAACUUUUAUCAGAAUCAAAAAUAUUUAAGAACGAGUAUUAACUAAGUAACAACAAAUAAUUAUUUAUAAGAAAAAAUUUGUUGAAAACAAAAACAAAACCAAACAAACAAUUUUAUCGAAUUCAAUUUUAUUUAUAAAAGUUUAUUUAAAUUUAAACAAACAAAAACUAUAGCAGCACAUAACGUCGUUAGAUUUAAAAAUUUGUGUUUGUUUUAUUAUUAUUGUUCUCUUAUGUAAUUAACAUUGUAUUCACUUCUUUUAAUGUAUAUUUAGUUAAAUAUUUUUGUAUUGUGAUGAUAUAUUUUAUUAUAUUAUUAUUAACUAUUUAAUUCUUUUUAAUUAAAAUUAAAUUUAUAAAACAUCAAAAUGCGUUCAUGUGGAAACAUUAACUGCCAAGAACCUAAAAUUGUUCAUUUUUGUAUUUAAAACUAAUUUUUUAAAUUAUUUCUUUGUUUUUGUUUUUCUUCUCUGUCUAUAAUAAUAUUAUUAAUUUUAAAUUUAAUAUAAGAAAACAAAAGAACAUUUAUACAAAAAUUAAAAAUAUGUAAGUUAUAAUAUAUUUUUGUUAAGAGUUUUGUAAAUGUUUGUAGAAAUUAAGUCGAGUAUGUACUCAUAAUAAUAAAGAUUUAGUAUUAAUUAAAACACCA